AUGGCUUCUGAAGAUUGGACUGCUGUAUAUUCAGCACUGGAUGUGGAUGAGAAAGUAUCAGCUUAUAACUCCAUUAUAAUCAAGAUGCUUGACGAGUUCUUACCUGAAAAAACCAUCAGAGUACAUCACUCUGAUAAACCGUGGAUCACUGGUAAAAUGCAAAUCAAAGCUCGUCAGAAAGCUUUUUCUCGUGGUGAUCAGCCAAGAUACAAACAACUCUGCGAGAAAGUGGCAAAUUUUAUAGCUAAAGCUAAAGCCACCUACUAUCGGUCCAAGGCCUCAGAACUUCGUACCUCGAAUCAAUCGAAGUGGUAUAACUGUAUCUAUACUCUUUAGUAAAUGCCGAAAACACAACCCACACCCAAUUUCCACACAGGCUCGAAAACCUAUAGUUUGUUAGACGCCGGUUUUACUCAAAUCCUAUAAAAAUAUCAAUUUUACUCUUCUCAAAGGUUGUUCUAAAAAAAGAUGUUCGCGUUUUGUAGUUGCUUUAGGGGUUGAUAAGUUACGGCAUAUUCAUUCCAGACCUUUGCUAUAUUGCAACUAAUUGACAACAAAAAGCUUGUAACUUGUUUAUUAUUUGAAUAAAAAGCUCGCGCGCACACCGUUUUGUAGCUGAAAUAUGUACAUAUGCUGUGUGGAAAUUUGACAAAAAUCGGUUUAAACGCACGUUUACCAAAUUUAUUUAGUGCGUAUAUUCGACUCAAAAUUCAAGUGCCUCAAAAAGCGCUUUGAAAAUUUCGCGGGUUUUCUUUCAGUGUAAUCAGGUACUGCGCCUACUGUGACUUACUGUCAUUAUAAAGUUAAUCCGAUGACAGAUAACGUUUGCGGCAAGACCACAAUAUAUAAUCAAGUCAUGCCUAAACGAAAAGAAAGACAAACCAACGCGCCACAAAAAAGCGCAGAAUCUCAAAAGCGACAAAAAUGCAGAACGAUAGAAUUCAGCUGAUGGCGAUGUGGACCACAAAGAAAAACUAAUGACAACGAUGAAAGAUAAAGUCUUAAAGGGUAAGAAAACUUAGUUUAUCGCAUUUUCAUCUGACGAUAUUUUGCUAGUUGACGUUAUAGAAAGCCAUGCAUUUGUUCUCUCUUCAGUUACGAUGGAGCAAAUAUUAUCAAGAAUAUUGAGGCUCAUGGUGUUGAAGAUUGGCUACACU